AGGUGGGGAUCGGGCACAGGGUGCACUCUGUGAUCCAAGGCCUUUUCCCACCUAAAUGAUCCUGUGUGAUCCUUGGUGAGGAGCUCCCCAAGCACAGAGCAGCUGCUGAGUGUGUUGGCAGUGGUUUAUGAUCCAGGACCAUGCGCUUUCUCUGUGACCACUGGCAGCUCUGGGGGAUUGGAGACAAAGACACCAAGACUUUUGCCGGAAGUGACCUGCUCAGAGUGGGAAAGAGUGAAACAGACUGUGAAGGAGUCACGGUGGCUUUGAAGGGUUCCUUGGAAUAAGUUUUUGUAUUGAGCAGAGUAAAGUUUCAUUUUUGCUCUGGUAGAGGAGGCUGCAGGUUGUGGUUGGAGUGUCCAGCGUGUGCGGGGCUGUCCAGCAGCGCUCGGGCCGCUGACAGUGACGUGAGUCACCUGUGCUCAGGUGGGGGUGACGAUCUGCAAUUGCAGCAUCUCGCAGCCCCGCGUUCGGAGCGUGGCUUCAGCCCCGGGCUCGCCUCCAGAGGCACCAGCAGUGUAGGAACAUGACUUUGCCAAAGCCACCUCUCCUCUGCCAGGAAGGAGGGAGCAGAACAGAGCCUUCCUCUGGGCUGCCGUGCGGCUUGUGGCACUGCCAUGCCCAUGGUCCCACCUGAGGGCCCAGCACCCGUGUUCGGCUCUGGAGUCGCUGCUUGGACUGAAAUGAGUUGAGAAGCUCCUGAGUGCGUUUCCCCCCCCCUUCCACCCCGUUUUCCUGUUGUUUCUCUCCCCCAUGCACUGAAAUAUUUAAUAAGGGAUAUUCCAGGAGGCCCUGGGAGCCGGGGUGAACUCUCGGAAGCUGAAAAAGUGGUUUCAGGACCAGGAUGUCACCUUGGCUGGCUCAGUGAGGAGCCAACCGCUUCCCCUCAGUUCGACUUCCAGUGUUUGCCAGCAGCUGCUCCACAGCAUCUCCAUCCUCACCAGGAUAUCCGCUUCCCUGCUGCCUGUUUCCUUUUCCUCCCUCCUGAGCAGCAGUGGGAUGGGAUUUUCUUCCCUCCCAGUCCUCUUGAAGAGGAAGGAAACUGCAGGUGUUUGUCCUCCACAGGAGGCUCUGUCUGAGAGCUGCCUUGUGAAGCUCUGCCUGGUUUUGUUACCUCCCAGGACAGAGUUGGGUAGGAAACUCAACUUCCCACCCGCCUUUUAUCUUCCUGAAAUGAUUUAUUCCUUUCUAGGUGGAGGCUGCCAUUGCCUGUAUGACCAACAGCAAACACUGGUUUGGCAUCUUGUAGUGACUUGCGCUCCUUCCCAGCUCUCUGGGGCAGCAGGGAAUCUCUGUCCAAACCCGUUCCUUUCCCGAGCUGCGCCCGCUGCGGUUCCUGCUGGCAGCGUGGGGAAGCAACCAGGCCUCAAAGCAGAGCAGUUGCCUCCUGCCAGAAGUCUGGAAUUUCCUUCAGUAGUGCCAGUUAUCAGCUGGCUAAACUAGGACACUCUCAGGUAGUGUUUUCCCCCCUUCCUUGAUGAUUAAAUCAAACACAAGAAGCUGCUUUGGAGCCUCUUUUAACAGAGCUCUCGUGAGGAUCUAAAAAUACCGGCGGGGUUGGGGCAGGUCACCUGCAGCAGGGUUGAAACUUCGUUGUUGGCUUCGUUUUCCUCCUUAGCCGAGUUUCUCUGCGUAAUUGCUGCGGUUGCAACACCUGGCCACCUUCGCCGAGGUGGAUGCCAGCCUCGGGCAGAGGCUGACACGCUCAAAUCCCGGCUCUGCCAGGGUGAUUAAGGCGUCUUUCCGCCGAUGGGUGACUCGGCAGCGUGUGGAAAGGCAAGGAGCAGCACAGGGAGGCUCCCGCGUGCGUGUGGGGCAGGGCAGGGACUUCUCCUGACAGGAAUGUGGCCCUGCCGGCCAGGGCCAGCCCUUCCCACGGCCGUGGGCUCGGGGCUCAGCUCCCCCUGGAACCGCGCCUGCGAAUCGCCCCGGCCGGCGGCUGCUGCUGCUGCUGCUCUGCCCGGCAGGUUUGGCGCCGGUUCCCGCUGGGAUCUGGGAAUACCUUGCUGUGGAAUCCUGGGGUUUUUUACCUUCAUAGGGGUUUCUUUGCCAGCCGAAGCGGUUAAAAUGAGCGAUGAGUGCGCCGCGCCGCGCCACGCCGGAUCCACGGCCUGCUGAAAUAGACAGACGGUUGGAAAAGAAGCUGAAGAUCACACAGAAGGAAAGAAAGUCCAAAUCUCCUCCCAAAGUGCCGAUCGUGAUCCAGGACGACAGCCUUCCCGCAGGGCCUCCCCCCCAGAUCCGCAUCCUCAAGAGGCCGACGAGCAACGGCGUCCUCAGCAACCCCAACUCCGCCAGCCGCCCGGCCUUCCCCGUGAAAUCCCUGGCGCAGCGCGAGGCCGAGUACGCCGAGGCCAGGAAACGGAUCCUGGGCAGCGCCAGCCCCGAGGAGGAGCAGGAGAAGCCCAUCCUGGAUAGGCCGCCGCGGAUCUCGCAGCCCGAGGACACCAGGCAGCCCAACAAUGUGAUCCGGCAGCCGCUGGGCCCCGAUGGCUCCCAGGGCUUCAAGCAGCGCAGAUAGAGGCGGAUGCGCCGUUCCACCGGCACGGACACACGGACCUGGGCGAGGGGACCUCCCGGGGUGAUUUGCACUGUGACCCUUUUGCUCUGCCCACUGUGACCUUCAGCCCCACGCACUGUGACCUCCCCUCUGCACCCACUGUGACCGGCGAUCCCAGCAGGGCUGUCCCCGCAGCCAGGGGGACGAGAGGGGGCCGUGCCGGACUCGGCCGGGCGGGAGCGAGCGCCAGCAAUAACGCUUGUUGUACUCGAAACCUGGCAUUUAAGGGAAAGAAAAAAAAAAAAAAAAAAAGGUGGGAAGCCUCCCCAGCCACGCAUGUUGUCCUCAUCACUUCCAGAACGAGUUCUGUUUCCAAGGAUUUUAGGUUCUUUUAUUUGGUUUUCUGUUUGCUUUCUGUAUCUCGGAUCGGCGGAGGUCGUGGGAAGGGUUUGAGCUGUUUCUUUGAAUCCAGAGAGGUAGCUGAGCGUUCUGCAGGGAAUUCCAUUGGAUUUCCGUGAAUUUGACGGCUCGGGGAUGACGAGCUCAUGCUUCUCCUUCUCCAUUUCCACUGCCAUGGAAGUGAGCUCCUGGAUAUCCCCGGAUACCUCCGGGUUGGACCCAGUUUACGUCUUGCUCCUGUUAAAGCUUGGCUCUGAUUCCCUGCUGGCUUUGAGGAAAAGCUUGAAAUACAUCCUUUUUGGGUUCUUUUUUAUUUGGGGAGAAGGGAAUGCAGAGUGACCCCGUGAAAAUGCCUGCUGUCCGGCCACGGUGGGCCGGGCAGUGAAGAAUUAGGGAGAUGUGGCGAGGAGGAGAGUAUCCGGCACCGCUCCGGCCGUGACGUCGGGCAGUGGGAUAUCCCGAGGGUCCGGCCUCGGGCAGCGCAGGGACGGUACGAGCUCUCCCGGAAUGGCAGAACCGGGAACCAGACCAGCCUUGGAGAAAGCCUGGAUGAUCCCUCCGUCUCCCUGGAGGCAGCGAGGCUUCAGGGAAGGGAUCGUUCUCCUCCGGCUCCCGGGAAGAGGACAGGGAGGCUGCUGCUCCCCAGGAACGGAGAUGUUCCCCCCUGGAUGAAGCUGAGUCUCACUUGGUAUCAAGGGAUUGGAUGAACACUAAAUGCCCUCCUUGGAGGGGACGGCACCUGGAAAGCUGGGUGGUUCCCGACGGAUUCCUGCAUCCGGCUGCUGCCUUCAGUGGGCUCGAGGGGGAUCGAGCCAAUCUUGACGUGCACGAGAAGCCCUGGGUGGAAAUAAGGCUUCAAUCCACCGAAACGGGAAAAUAAAAACUACCUGUGUAUCCAAGCGAUCCGCCGGAACGUUAAUGAGCUCCUCGCAGCUGGUUCCAGGCGGGGCGGGAUUUCCCCAGGAUUCCCCAGGAUCCCCAGCCCCUGGUGACUUUUGGGGGAUCUCACUCAUCCCCCCCGGGCUGGGGGCCGGGAUGAGCUCCGGGAGGGAGAAGGACGUCAGCAAUAACCGUAGUCACCGCGCCUUUCCUUAAUUACUCCUAAAAAUAGCGUCGAAUAGCCAAAAAACUCCCGAACCCACCAGAUUUCUGGUGCGCGUGGUCAGUGUCACAGCGCUGCCUCCUCCGUGUCCGGCACCGGAAUUCCACCACCGGCACUGAGACCUCCGGCACCAAAAUCCCCUUUUCCAGCACUGAAAUCUCCUUCUCCGACACGGAAAUCUCCCGGCUGCUCCUGCUGCGUCCCGGUGCCCAGGAUACGUCCCGCCCGCGGGCAGGGCUCGGCGGCGUUCCUGUGGGAAGCGCCUUCAUCCCGAGGAGGGGAGGAGGAACACGGUACUACGUGUUUUCGCCCCAAAAAACGUGCGCCGGAAAGAAAACGUUUUAUAAAUUGUAUUUUAAAUAAAUGUCUUUAAACUUU